GCAAAUGUCAAAACUAUAACGUCUGACGUCUAAACAUAACCUCAAAGAAACAUGCCAUUUUCCAAAACAGUAACAGUGUCGAUUAUUUAUAUUAACCUAUUGCCUUCAAACAUACAUGAAAAUAGAUAUUAAAUAUGGGGGAUGUUGAAGAAUAUUUUCCUCGUGGUGGAAAAAAGCCAACCGUAACAUAUUUUAAGCAGAGUGGUAAUUUUUUGGCUGCUGCUGAGAAAGGAGAGAGAAAGAAACAGAAACCUAAAAAAAGGUCAGAAGACGACGAUGGAUAUUUAUCGGAUGAAAUUAUUGCUGACAAAGACCAAUCAUUCAAAAACUGUGGUAUAUGCCUUAAUUACCAGAUAGUUAAGCAAGGACAGGUAUUUUUAGGAAGGGUGCGAGAAAUUUUAGAAACAAGAAUAAACAUUUCACUGCCAUGUCGGUUGUUUGGUAGUGUGAUGGCUUGUCACAUCAGCGAGGCUUACAAUAAAAUACUGGAAGCUUAUGUUAAUGAUCAGUCAGAUAAAGUACGAGAUCUAAAUGAGAUGUUCCGUCCGGGCCAGUACGUAGGGCUGAAGGUGCUGGAGGUUGAAGGCAGGAAUGUCAUGAUGUCAAUGAUGCCACAACAUGUUAACGCUGGUCGCCUACAUACUGAACUACAUAAAGGGGCUUUGCUACAAGCGGCAGUCUCCUCGGUGGAGGAUCAUGGAUAUGUUAUGGAAGUUGGUAUUAAUAAUACCAGAGCAUUCCUCCCCAAGAACGCAAGUAAUCCUGAGUUAGAAUUAGACACAGGAAUGUUGACAUGGUGUUGCAUAAAGUCUUUAGUAGUGGAGAAUGAGAACAGUGUGUUAACACUCAGCAAUGAUCUGGAGGCGCUGCGGGGAGCUGUACAGAGACGACAAUCAACAGUCCUCUACCCUGCCACUGCACUAGAGUUUACUAUCGACAAGUCUUUAGACAAUGGUAUAGAAGGGCACAUAUUCACGGACUCAGUGGCCUAUGUGCAGCGGCAGCAAGUUGAUAAGGUCAAAGGAAAGAAACCUAACUACGGCCAAAAGGUGCGUGCCAGAGUUCUGUAUGUGUUACCAACAAGAAACACACCGUUCCUAACAAUGAAGAAUAUCUUUGAGUCCACAUAUCCAGAUUUAGAUAAAGAACAGAAGUUUAAAAAGGGAGAUAUUAUUGAAGAAGCUCAGGUGAUAAAAAUAAUGGGUAGAAGUAUAUUAUUAAAGCUGGGGGAGGGUAGUGUGGGCAGCCUCAGCCUGCGCAGGAUCCAAGUGGAUGAGGAGCUGGCUGAUGAGGAUGUCGUCGCCAAGUCAUAUCCUAUUGGUAGUAGUCAUACGGUGAGAGUACUAGCGUAUAAUAUGUGUGACUACAUGUAUUCAUUGAGUGAUGAAGCGUCCGUACUGUCAGAGAAGAUAUUCACAAUGUCCGACCUGUCCGUGGGAGACAUAGUGCCCGCUACAGUCAGGAGUGUCACCGAUGACAGGCUCGCCUUGGACGUUGGAAGAGUUAAUGGUAUUGUUGCGAAGACGCAUAUAUCGGAGGGUGGGUACUACGUGGACCCUAAGAAGGCGAGCACAGUACAACUUACAAAGAAGUUUAAGGAGGGACAGAAAGUAAAGGCGCGAGUUUUAAACAUCAAAAAAGGGAUGUUAAUAUUAACCCUGAAGCCUAGCCUGCUUGCGCCGGACCUGCGCGUGCUACACACAUACGAGGACGCGGUAGUGGGGGACACCUACACCGGAGUUAUAUCGUUCGUCCGCGACUACUUGGUGGUGUGUUUCUUCGGCGGCGUGCAGUGCUACGUGCCGCGUGCGCACGUCGCCCAGCCGCCGCCUGACGCACUGCUCGAACUAUUCCAUCUCGGACAGAUUGUUAACUGCACCAUUCUGAGAGUGUUUCCGGAGACCAAAAAGAUGACUGGAAGUCUACUCGCUGCUCCGUUUGAGUUUUGGAACAAUCAAAAGAAAGCGGAAAAGAGACAGAACACUGAAGAUACCCCAGUAUUAAAAAAGAAACUUAAGGAAACAGAAGAAAUAAAAACAUCAAGUAAGAAAGAAAAGAAAAACAGAAAGAAAAGUGAAUCUAUAGAAGAUGAAGAAAUGGUAGAAAACGACGAGUCCAAAGUGUCAAAGAAAAAACUAAAGAAAAACAAAAAGAAUAAAAAUCACAUAAGCAUAGAUAGUGAAAAUGUAGAAAAUGAAAAUCUUGAAAAUGAAAACAAGGAAUUGAAUAAUGUAGAAGAUAAAACAGAAAAAAAGACAAUUAAAAAGAAAAAAGACACAGAAAAGGUAGAAACAGAUGACGACUUUUUGGAUCUGGAUGAAAUAUUCUCUAAAGAGGAACUUAUUGAUGAAGAUAUCGACAUAAACAAAGAAAAAGUCAAUAAACGAAAGAAAAACAGUGAAAACAAACAAGAACCGAAUAAAGCGAAUAAGAAAAAGAAAACGGUAGAAACACAAACAGAUUCAGAUGAAGAAAAGAUUCCCGAGAAAAAGAAAAGAAAGGAAUCUGUGUCAGAAGAUAAGAUGACAGAAGAUAGUGAUGCCAUAGAAACUGAUAUCUAUGAGGACAGUGACAAUAUGUUGACACCUCAAGACCAGGGCCUCAUAGACCUGUCAGAUUGCACAGCUCCAAAGCAAUACAAACGAAGAAUAAUGUCAUUAUUAAAAGUAAUUCAAGCAAAAACACGUCGCAUUGACAGAAUAGAUGAAAAAAUAGAAACAUUAGUCAACAGAGGUAUAACGGUCGCUAACAAAAAAUUCCACACAGCGAUGCUCUCGGAGAAAUUACUCAUAGAAAAGGCAAUCGAGAAACUUCUAGAAGCGUUAAAAAUAGCGCAGGAUAAGUUCAAAGAAUUUCAGUUGAAUACAAAAUAUAAAAAGAAGGAAAAGAAAGAAAAAUUGAUUACAGAUCUUAUAGAGUUUAAUGUGAAGAAAAGUGAGAGUAAAAUAGAUAAGCCAGAAGCCCCUAAGGUCCAAAAAGUGGUAGAUGUAAGUAAAAGUGUAAAUGUGCAAAGUGUGGAGUCGGUGCUGGAGGUGCCGAGCGCCAAGGAGUUCUGGUUGGCGCCCGCGGAGCCUCCGCCCCCGGCGCAGGAGGAGGACUCCAGUAGCAGCAGCGAGGAGGAGGAAGAAGAAAAGCCUAAGAAAAAACGUAAGAAGCUUCGUGCAGCAGAGAGAGUGGCGAAAGCGCGAGAGGAAGAAGAGAAGAUCAGGUCGCUGGAGAGUGCGCAGGUCGCGGGCGAAGCGCCUCAGAGCGCCGAGCAGUUCGAGCGCGCGCUGCUCGCCAGCCCCGACUGCAGCCAGCUCUGGAUUGCGUACAUGGCCUUCCAUCUACAGGCGACGGAGAUAGAGAAGGCGCGCAGCGUGGCUCGGCGCGCGCUGCGGACUAUCAACUUCCGCGAGGAGCAAGAGAAGCUUAAUGUGUGGCUCGCGCUACUCAACCUGGAGCAUCGCUUCGGCACCAAGGAAUCCCAACAGAAGACGUUAGAGGAGGCGCUGCAGAUGAACGAGAAGUACCAGAUCCACUCGAAGCUGUUAGACAUCUACGUGGAGACGGGCAAGGCGGGCGAGGCGGGCGCGCUGGCCGAGCUGAUGCUGCGCAAGUACCGCCGCCAGCUGCAGGCCUACUGCGCCGCCGGCAGCGCCUGCUACCAGCUCGGCCUGCUCGACAAGGCGCGCCAGAUCAUGCAGAAAGGACUCACGGCGUUGGAGAAGAGAGAACACGUGUCCCUGCUGGUGCGGUUCGCGCAGCUGGAGCGCGGCUGCGGGGCGGCGGAGCGCGCGGCGGCGCUGCUCGACCACGUGCUGGCCGCCUACCCGCACCGCGUCGACGUCGCCGCGCUAUACGUCGACAUGCUCAUCAAGAGUAACGAUAUAGAACAAAUCAGGCAACUCAUGGAGCGUAUGACGUCACAGAAGUUGCCAGCGCGCAAAAUGAAAGUACUAUUCAAGAAAUGGAUAGAGGUCGAAGAGAAAAUCGGCAACCAUCAGCAAGUAGAAAAUAUCAGGAAACGAGCUGUGGAGUUUAUAGAAAAGGCACAGUUCUAAAAUAAACAUAUAACAACAUU